GGCUGAAAAUACGCAAAGAAUUAAGUGAUUCCACAAGUCUUCUUGUGAUUGGUUCAAUUCAAUAAACUAAUUAACAAUAAUAGGUGUAAUUAAGAAGGUUUGUUUCCCACUUCCUGCUAACUACCAGUCUCCCAACUAAUUUAACUUAAAACUUACCAACACUAAAACCACUCCUUUCUAAAAAUAGUAUUUAUACUUUUAGCCUACUUUUAUUUGUGUUAGUUUAACUAUCACCCCAAAACUUCAACUAUUUUUCCCUCUCUUUCUCUCUCCUCUUUUUUUGUAUAGUAAGCCCGCCAAUCUAGCCUUCUAAAAAUGGCACCAGCACCAGCACCAGCACCACCACCAGCAGCCGCCAUCGCCGCGAUAGGCGAAAGCGAAAAGAAGAAGAAGAGGAGAGAAAAUUGUGUGUCAAAUUCAUUGGUUGUAUGUGUAAUGGAUGCUUCAGGCUCACUUGGGUCUGCUCUUGUUAACACUCUUUUGCAAAGAGGUUACUUUGUUCAUGCUGCUAUACAAUCUCAUUCCCAAGGGCAGUUCCAAAAUAUGAAUCUGCAGUGUUAUGGUGACAAUAACAGAAAACUGAAGAUCUUUCAUACUGAUUUAUUGGAUUAUCACAGUAUCGUCGAUACUCUUAGUGGCUGCUCUGCCCUGUUCUACACAUUCGAGCCGCCAUUUGAGCAUCCUGUUUAUGAUGAACAUAUGGCGGAAAUAGAGGUGAGAGCAGCACAUAAUGUAUUAGAAGCAUGUGCACAAACCAACACCUUGGAAAAGGUUAUCUUUACUUCUUCUGCCACAGCUGUUGUCUGGACUGAAACUCGUAACGAUUCUCCAUCACCAAAUGCUGAUGUUGAUGAAAGGAGCUGGAGUGAUAUCAACUUCUGUAAGAAAUAUAAGUUAUGGCAUGCAUUGUCCAAGACGCUAGCGGAGAAAACAGCGUGGGCACUUGCAAUGGAUAGAGGGGUGAGCAUGGUGUCUGUUAAUGGAGGACUGUUGUUGGGUAACAACUUGAUCAAUACUACAGCUGCUCUCCCUGCUACUACUAAUAAAAAGCACAAUACUCUCAGUCAUCUCCCUCCAUACCUUAAAGGCGCUGCUGAGAUGUAUGAGCAAGGAGUUCUUGUGUGUGUAGAUCUCAGGUAUUUGGUGGAUGCCCAUAUUUGCGUCUUUGAAGACGUUUCCUCGUUUGGCCGUUAUCUGUGCUUCAACCAUGUCAUCAACUGCCAUAUAGAUGCUGUCAAGCUUGCCAACUCGUUCAUGUCCUCUCCUCCUCAGAGCUUGGAGGAUACAACAGUAUUUCCACAACGGAUUAGCAAUAAGAAGCUCAACAAGUUGAUGACAAAUUUUGAUGAUUGAUUCUAGUUGGAUUUCUGUUCAUCUGUGGCAUUUACUUAAAAGCUUGUAACUAAAUGAGUAUGCUUUCAUCUUGUUCUGAUGUAAUUGAAGAUUGUGUACAGCAACAAAAAGCAAUAUACACCAUUUAUCCA